GCAACCGUCAAAAAUCAAAAUAUCAAUCGCUGUUGAUUUCAAAAUAAACAUUGAAAAUUAAGACAAAAUAUUACCAUGUCUGGUUUUAAAGCUUUACGUGAUAUAAGUAAACAGUUUGAAAAUGAAUUGAAACUACAUUCAUCAAAUAUAUUUUGUGCAAAAGUUGAUGAAAGUUUCGAAAAUGUUAUUGCAAAGAAAGUAAGGGAUAUUUCUUUAAUUACAUCAAAACUACGAUUAUUACAGGCCAAAACAUUAGCAGCCACACCACAAAUAAAAGAGACAAAUAAAGAUGAAAUCACAACAGCUAUCAAUGACUAUACGGACACAGUGACAUGGAAACUAAUUGAGCAGCAAAUUGUCAAAACUCUAACUCAAACUCAUUCUGUUAAAACUUUGGUUACCGCGCCCGAUAGAAGUUUGGACCCUGAACUGUUGGAAAGGAAAGAGAAAAUCAUAGCUCAAAUAAUGGAAUACAGCCAAAAAGAAAAAAUAUUACUAAAUUUGGAUGAAAUAUUGAAAGAGAGAGAAAUAAAAUUGUUAGAAGCAAGGAGAGAGUGGCAAGGAGUGUUUGGUAAUUUAAAAGAUAGUCAAAAUGUACUUCUUGAAGAGAGAGCUACGGGACCUUUGUAUAAAAAACUCCAAACGUUAGUGGAUAAAAUGGAAAUAAUGCGAUGGGUGAUAUCCAAGCUUGUGACGUCGAGCACGAGCGACUACGACUGGGCUACAGAUCCACACAGACGGUUGAAAGCAUUAGCGCUAACUAGGCAGUGCCAUACUGUACAUUCAUUUACUGAUGUUUGAUUAAAUAUGUAUUUCAUUAAUAUAA